UUAGAUAUACUUAAAAGAGAUUCAGCAUCAUCUGAUUUAAUCAAAAAAGCAAAAAAAAUAUCUCAAAAUAUUGAUACAACAUAUUUUGAAUUAUCAGAAAGAGUUGAUAAUAUUUUAUCAUUA